UUUUUUUUUGUUUUGUUUAUUAAAAUGGCUGCAGUUCAAUGGGUUUAUGCUAACGGAUGCAACUGGAUUACUCUUGACUCUACUUCUCAACGAUAUAUAGAAAAUUUAUGGUCACACAACUCUUCAAGCUGGAUUCAGAGUCAAUCGUUUCAAUGUCCUGUAUAUGUAGAUAUCGAUAAAAUGCUACUUAUGUGUAAUGGAAUGUCUUAUUGUAUUGCUCGUCGUCGAACAUAGCUAUGUUAGGAUGCAGAUUUUUUUAUUUAUGUAUUUAUUAUUAUAUACAUAUUCAAUUGUAUUCUACUUGUAAUUUAAAACUUUUAUAUAUAUAUAUGUAUAUAUAUACUGUACAAUAAUAAACUUUACCUAUCACUACCUUUUUUGUUCAUACUUGAA